AGAGUUAAUAAAUCUCACAAACACAACGAAAUACAACUAAAAAUACAACAAAUGUUUCGACAAUUACACCAAAAGAGCGACGAUACUGAAAGUGACACCAAAGGAAGAACGACACGACACUGA